UUAGUAGUGUUAUUUUUCUGGAAUAUAGCCGAUUUCGUUCUCUAUUAAUGUUUAAGUUUUAUUUUUAAGGAUUUACAAUACUUUAAUUUUUAAUGUAUCAAUUAUAUGCUAUUGUUUGACGUCGAAAAAACAGAAAAAUGUUUAAUAGAUAAAAUAUAUUUAGGACAAAAUAAAAACUAAUUCAAAGUUGCAUUGUGCUUUAGUUGGGAAUCAUAAAAUUAACGUACCUAAUUAUUAUCAAAAUGAAUAUUGCAACUUUUGUUGAUCAUUUUGAUUUUGAGCUACCUGGAAAUGUGUUUAAAAGUGCCGUUGCACUAGGUGAUGUUGACAAUGAUAAUGAUAUAGAAUUAGUUGUUGGCAACAUGGAAGGUGAUCUUUAUAUUUUUAAAGGACAACGGCAAAUACAGAAAAUAUCUGGAUUGGGUAUAAUUACGGCAAUAGCUAUUGGAGAUUUAAUGAAUUGUGGUAGUAAUACUCUUAUAGUUAUAUCCGGUGAUGGUUGGUGUCAUAUAUAUUUAUGUUUGAAAUUAAGUAAAUCAGAGACAACUGACGAAUGUAUUGUAAAACUUGAACCGGUACAUGUUCAGCGAAUUCCGGCAAACACUAAAGUACUUUUAUUAGGUGAUAUUGAUGCAGAUGGAAUGUUAGAGUUAAUUGUUGGUUUAACGGAUAGAGUGAUACGAUCUUAUCGUUGGAGUCAAAGUGCGGCUGCUGGGCGACUAGUUCCAUUACAUAAGUGGGAAUGUGGUAACCAAAUUGGUUCAAUCAUAAUGAUUAAGGACAUAAAUGGUCGACCAUGUUUGCUUGUUUCUCAACCAGGUGUCACUGCAUUGCGUAUUUAUUGUCCCAUUGCUUUUCCAGAGCUCAUGUUUGAAAAAAUAAUUGAUUAUGAAAAUGAAUUUAACUUAGAACUUCGUAAUCCUUCAAUUUCUUCAGAGAUGAUUGGUAAUAUCAAGAUAGAUAAAAGUAAAGAUGAUGUUAAUGAUAUAAAUGAUAAUUUUUAUGCCAUUGCUACUUCGGAUGGUUUAUUAAUGUUGGCAAAACAAGAAUCAAUUAUAUGGUCUAAGAACAUUGAACAUGAAGUGUUUUAUUUAAAUAAGUUGUCUAUAACAGAAAGUGGCUCUGAUUUCUUAAUAGCAUGUUCAUGGAAUGGAGAAACCUUUAUUAUAGAUCAGAAAAAACAAGUUUCAACAUUUAAACUUGGAGAACCUAUUACUGCUUUUUGUUCUGGAAUGUAUACAGCAAGAUCGAAUACAAAACCUGUUUCUUGUUUUGUAUUUAUUACUAUUUCACAUAAAGUAUGUAUCUAUUUUGAUAUGAAAUUACCAAACACUUGUACGGAGAGCUUAACAAAAUGUAUUGAAAAUGACAAUCAACUUUCAAAACUAAUAAACAACUAUGAAGGACCACUAAGAAAAAAAUUAAUCAACACAUGUCUUUAUAGAUUUAAUCAUAAUGAUAGUUAAUAUAUUAAAAUGUUUAUCAUUUUAGUUCA